AUGUCCUCUCGCUCAUAUUCCCCGUUCGAGGGUCACGCGACACCAAUGCAAUCGCAAAAAACCUCUACCAAGGCUGUCGCCCAGCGAAGGGUCUACGGCAAGCGAAGGAAAAAUGCUGCCAGAGCCAUUUUCGUGGAGAGGAGUCCCGUUAAGGAGACCUCUCCACCACGCACGAAAUCAGAUGAUACCGUCGACGCCUUACAAUUAAAGCUGGCCGAAGUGACCAUCCAGGAGGAACAGGUAUCUUCAUCGGAUGAAAUCGACAGCGCAGCGGAAGUCAGUCAGACAGAAGAGAAAGAUGAUACUCUCGAGCCGUCAAGCUCCGUCGCCUCCCAACAAGCCGACUCCAUCCCGCAGACCUCGCCCGCAAAGUCCCCCGAAGAAGUCCUCGAGAAGCCGAAGCCCUACGAAACCAUGGUGGAGGUCAGAAUCAGCACCAGAACCCAACAAGCAACACCAUCCCAACCCCAAGAGAAAUCAAGCAUUGCUUCAACAGAACGAAGAGCUCCGCGACAAAAGAUCCCCAUCGGUCGGCGCUCGUCCGGUGUCGUCCACGACAACAAAGCCAACACCUAUGUUCGCCCAAUCCUCAAUGAAGCAUUAUCCUCCCUAGCAUCGCAAACUAUCCAGAAGUUCAGCACAUGGGCAUCUCGAUCCGUGACCAUGUUCCACGUCGCGAAACUAGCAGAGGGUUCUUAUGGCGAGGUAUACAAGCUGCACUUGCGCGAGGAAAACAGUCGGCCCGCAGUCUCCAAGUCUAGAUUAGCCAAAUUGCAAGCCUACGGUGACGGUGUAUUCAAAGUUGUCCCACUACGAGCGCAAACUGGUCCGGGUUCGAAGAAAUUCACCACUAUCGACGAGAUCGUGUCCGAGGUCAAGAUGCUCAAAUACCUGGAUCCAAUACCUGGAUUCGCGCGGUUCAGAGAGAUCCAUGUGGUACAAGGUCGGUUUCCGGAGACUUUCCAGAGUGCCUGGGACCACUACAAGAAGACCAAGGAUGACUGCAUGAACCCCAAUCCGUCGAGCAAGAAAGCAUAUCCUGAUACCCAGCUGUGGGCUAUCGUGGAGAUGGAUGAUGCGGGAUGUGAGCUUGAAAAGUUUAAAUGGGCAUCAACCUUCCAAAUUUAUGAUAUCUUCUGGGGUGUGGCUAUGGCGUUGGCACGUGCUGAGGAGUAUGCUCUGUUCGAGCAUCGUGAUCUUCACUUGGGCAAUGUCUGCAUUCGAUCCACACGACCGGACGGUUCGAUGGAACCUCCUACUGAAUUAGAGGUCGCACGCCUGCAAUCGUCUAGUGGCUUCGGCUUUAGCUCCCUUGAGACAACCAUCAUCGACUAUUCGCUAUCGCGCGCUGAUCUCCGACUUGCCGAUCUGCCCGAUGACCCUGAAGGGUUGGUUGAGAUUGCGUCGUCAGAUCUGGACAGGAAGCAAAUCUUUGAUGCCAUUGGUCACGAUGAGGAUGAGAUCUUGUUGCGAAACACUUAUAGGUAUAUGCGUGCCACAGUUUAUACCGGAAAUCCCGCCGAAGCCGAGAAAAUACCUGACAUCAAAGGCAUCUGGGCAGAAUACGCCCCGCGAACGAACCUAGUCUGGCUACUCUUCAUAUUGAAGAACCUUCUCAAGAAUAAGAAGUCUGAAGCACCACAGCCUGUUGUGCCAGCGCAGAGAAAGGCACUUGCACCCUGCUCUCCGAACAGGAAAAUGACGGAAGGCGGGUCUGUUAAGAGCAAGUCAAUCAAAGAGCACGAUGCCGCAGGAUCUUUAGUGAAAGAGCGCCAAGCAAAAGACUUCUCUGCACGAGUCUCAAAACUCAAGCAGACGCUGGAAGAUAGACUCUACUCUGUCCUUGAGCUUCUGGAUAUCGAGCACGGUCAUGAAGAUAUGUGCUGUGCGGCUGAUUUGGUUGCUUAUGCGAUGGAUUCACAGUGGCUGGCUCAGCAAGACUUCUUCUGA